CGCUACGCCCAUCUCACGCUCACGCUCUACACGACACUCAGCUUGUUCUGCUUCUAGGUCUCGGUGAUUGUAAACCCCACGAACUCUAGCUUUGUUUGACAUCGCAAUCUAUACCUCUGAUCAUGGAUACCUCGGGCCCAUCGACUCCGCCGGACGGCUCCGUGAGCCAGUCGAAACGGCGGCGGCAGGUCGCAUUCUACCCAAACAUGAACGCUACGAACAAACCACAGAAGCCGUUCAGUCGCAGCGCGGCGAAGCGGGAGAGCGUGAUGGCGCUGGGGAGCAUCGAGUAUCUGCAGCACUACUUCACGAAGACCGGCAUCGCCGCCGAGAGCGAUCCGUUGCAGAAACCGAACAGCGGACUCAGGCCGGCAAUUGGUGGGCUGCAGACUCUCCAAAACAGGUUGUCGGUCGCGCCGGACUUUGUGCUGCCCCCAUCCCCGGCCAUGCCUACCGCACCACGAAUAACAUUCCCGCCAUACGUCAAGACGUUCGAAACCGAUCCCGAGAACCUAAGACCGGGUGUCAUCGAAGACCUCAUCACCGUCGCCUCCGGGUGGAAUCUUGAUCCCCAGAAGCAGGCGUCCACUGAACAGGACCCGAAUCUACUCGGAGUCGGGGGAGGGUCAAGAAACAGCAUUGAUAUCCUCGAUCUCCUGAAGAACACGACACGCGCAGUCCGCUCCGUCCGCAACUACCUCGUAUCCCUCCCGGAUGACGCCCAGGCGCCACAGAACAAGCCACAUUUCCGUCCACACACGCUGUCUAGCUCACCGCUCCCAAAGCGCCAGGUCUCGCAGCCAAAUUCCCCUCACGACCCGUUGACACGCAUCCGCGGUCGCGCCCUCGAGGUACUGGCAGUACUGCGUGAACUCGAAGAGCGCGCACGCCUCCCGCUCGAUCACGACGCGUACGAUGCACAGAGCGACCAUGGGUCGUCGAACGACGCAAAUACUGCCCCGCUCUCCCGCGGUACGUCGCCCUCCUCGCAGAUCGAGGAUGCCGAUUUUUUGGACGCGGACACGUCCGUCUCCAUCUCAUACGUCGACGUAGGUGGCCGUCAGCGCCAAGUGCCCGUCUGGGAGGACGAGGAGUCAUCCUACGAUGUAAACAGCGUCAGGGAGGAGGACAAGCGGGACCGGUGGGACGAGCGGCUCGUUUUGGGCGGCGGGUGGCUGUACCAGCAGAACCUGCGGAUGGAGGACCUGGCGCGCGAGCGGGAUGUCGUCAGCCGGUAUCUGGACGCCGUAGACGAUGUGCUUUUCGGAGGUGCAAAGGAGGGCAAACGGGGUUGGGAGCGUGAGAAGGAGCGGGUCGAGAGGAAGGAGAGGGCCGACCGGGAAGCCCGAGCGAAGGGGCGGAGAGUCAGUGCUGGGGACGCUUCAGGCCACUCUGGCGAGGGUUCAGCGCGGGCGAACCGACGCGUGGUCUCUACAAGUAUGCUCGACUCCUUCCGGGGCAUGACCGUGACAGAGGAGCCGGAGGAGAUGGAGUCUCUCCAAGAAGAGGACCUCAUCGAGGACGACGACCUGCCUGCGUGGGCGAAGCGGACGACGUUUAUUGGCGAUGACUUCGGUCGGCUGGUCGCGCUGUUGGCCGCUCUACUUCCGGGAGACCUCCUACGGCUGCUACCCACCGACCCUGAUGAGCAUGCCAGCAUCCUACGCGUGCUAUCGUCAGGCCAGCUUCUAUGCACGGCCUACAACGCUGGCGUACGCAAGUCGCGGAAGCCAUGGGGCUACGUUGACAGGGACGCCAUACACGACAUCGCCGCGCUCGAGCUAGCACAGGCGGUCGAAGGCAGCACCGAGGCGAAGCGCGGGUGGACGUUCCGCAGGACAGACAAUCUACGUCUGUGGGCAGCAGCUCUCAAGCUGCGCUAUUCUCUGCCGAUCGUCCUCCCGGGCAACAAGCGGCCAAAGGAGGGCACCCCAAUCAGCGGCGGAUCCCGGACACCCGCAGACGGCAACACCCCGCUCCCUUCGCCCUCCGUUUCUGCGGUCAGCUUCCCAGCUACCAUCACGGAGGACACCAUCCUCUUCGACGCGCCGCUCGUCGCGCGCCUGGAGGAUGGGUGGGAGCACGCGCUGGAGAGACUGGUGUUCAAAUGGAUGGAUGCGGUCGUGAGCGAGAAGCGGGGCGAGCGAUAGGCCGCAGGGGUCCCGUCGUCAUUUCUUGGCUUCUUUCCGGGGCAUUUGUAUACCCCGCUCCGGGUACAGGUUUGGUCUGGUUAGCAUCAGCAGAAGUGGUUUGAAGAACAACAGUAUAAUGUAUCGAAUCAAUGUCGAGAUGUAUGCAUACACAAGAGGAACGAGGUCGCGUACAGUAAGC